AUGUGGUCCUUACCUCUUCCGUUUCCAAAAAACUUGCGAUUGCCACGAGGGUUUCCGUUAUACGGACCAGCUAAAUUGAAAGUCGCGAGUACGACAUCGUCCCUGAUAAUGGUGCUACUACUCUUGAAGAGUCCGCGACAUUCCUCUUCCUUGACGAGUCACAACCGAGAGAUCCCAGUAGAUCGCGCAAAGCGUCAGCGGCAGAAUGCCAACAGCCAGGAAAAAUUUAAGCGGGAAGCACAGUUCCGUCGCAUUGAGUACUUGAACUCCAACCGAGAUAGACUAGAAUACCCUCAAUUGCGGGAACUAGAAGGUCUGCAAUCCAAGGGCGAUCCGUUUGACGCCAAUUUAUUCGGCGACGACCACGUAGCUUUUAAGCAGGCGCACAACUCGAUUCUGGCGCGAUUGGCAACCAUUUCGGCAUCGGCGGCUGGAACACCACCCAGCGAGGCCAGCGUCUUUUAUCUGGACGGUUUCGAUGCAGCCACGACCCAAACUCUCCUGACGGCAGGAUUUUCGCCCAAGAACCUGUUUGUGGCCAACGAUUGGUCCGCAACUGUGCAAGCCUUGAGUGUCUUCAAUAUAAAUUGUCACCAUGGUCGGGCGCAAGACGUGCUGUGCGAGGAAUCGACUGUCAAGAUUCCGUUUUGUGCUGCCUACUUGGACGGCUGCGGCGGGGCCCCAGAACCUGUCAUUGAAAUGGUCCAGGCAUUGUUUGGCAGAAUGAUACACCAUUCCCCACCGCCUUGCCUGGCUAUUGGAUUUACUUUGACCAGCGCGGAGCCAACGGGAAGAGAACUGCUGGAUCGGAUACAGGAUGUGAGUAAGGCUAUUUUUCAAGAGGCUAAGCAAAUGGGAUAUCAAAUGAAGCAUGUCGGAGACGAUCCCGAAAGCUAUGGUUUAAGUCCCAACAUUUCGCGCAAGCAUGAGGGAACUAGCACAUCUUGGAUUUACUGCGAACGAGACCACAGUUGUAAAAGUAUUAUUCCUGGUUGA